AUGGCCUCCCAGGUAUCCGAUGAGAUCCUGCCCUCUCCAGGAAAUAUCUCUCCGAACAGUCCGACCAAUUCGGCUGGCCAGAUCCCAUUGGAGCAACCGCCGAAACUCAAGGGUCGUCAGAAGUUACUGCAGAGUCUCCAACGGAUGUCGUCCAGCCCAACACUGACCAGACGCGGGCGUUCCUCAUCAACUACUAGCUACCGCCGGGACAAUAAGGCGUCUCUCUCUUGUGUUUCGUUAUCGUCGACUUCCUACUCGCCCUGUCUAGGCAAUGGAAGUUCCUCCCAGCUCUAUGGCGGCCUCAAUCCUCGGCCUGCGACUCCCGGUUGUUCUAGUUCUCCCGGUGAACCCCAGGGCACAAACGCUCGUAUCCGUUUGAUGGACACCGAUGGCCCUGGUUUCACUACGCCUCGCACCGUACCUUUGCCCUUCGAUGUGCGGCCAGCAUCGCGUGGAUCGCCGCGCACUGCAACUCCGGUGGGAGUGAAGGUGGAGAAGGAGGUCGUCCUUCCAGAAUCGCAGCCGGCCAAAACUCUUGAUUUCUGGGGCGAUAUGCCACAGGAGCUUAAAAUAGAAAUCUUCCAGUACCUCACCCCGCAAGAAAUCGUCUGCUGCUCCUCUGUGUCCAAGACGUGGAAUGAGAUGUGCUACGACGGACAAUUAUGGUCCAAGGUUGAUACAACCGAGUACUACUCUAAGAUCCCAAGCGAUGUGUUGGUCAAGCUUAUCACUUCUGGUGGUCCGUUUGUCCGAGACCUCAAUCUCAGAGGCUGCGUUCAGAUGCGCGAGAAAUGGUCCACGGAUGGAGAACGCAUCUCCGACCUGUGCCGGAAUGUUGUCAAAUUCUCGCUCGAGGGUUGUCGUAUCGACAAGGCAUCCAUCUACUCUUUUCUCCUUCGUAAUUCCCGUUUGGAAUACAUCAAUCUGUCGGGUCUGACGAGUGUCACCAACUCCGCCAUGAAGGUCAUUGCGCGGUCCUGCCCGCAACUUGAGACAUUGAAUGUUUCUUGGUGUAAUCAUGUCGACACCACCGGUCUUCUCCGGAUUGUCAAGUCCUGUGAGCGACUGAAAGAUCUUCGGGCCAGCGAGAUCCGUGGGUUUAAGGAUGAGAAAUUCACUUUGGCUUUGUUCGAGCGCAAUACCUUGGAUCGCUUGAUCAUGAGUCGUACCGACCUGACCGAUAACAGCCUGAAGAUGCUGAUCCAUGGUGAGAACCCCAAUAUGGAUAUUCUGACCGAUCGGCCCAUUGUCCCACCUCGAAGAUUCCGUCAUUUGGACCUUCACCAUUGCCCUGAAGUGAGCGACGAUGGAUUGAAAAGCUUGGCCCAUAACGUUCCAGAACUGGAAGGCCUACAAAUUUCUCAGUGCUCCGAUCUGACCGAUGAAUCUGUCAUGAACGUCAUUAGCACGACGCCAAAACUGUCCCAUCUGGAACUGGAGGAUUUGGAGAACUUGACAAACAUUACAUUGGUGCAGCUAGCUGAAUCUCCAUGUGCCCAAAACCUGGAACACUUGAACAUCAGCUACUACCUGACCCUGAUGGAAGCCAGCUUCCGCAUCCGCCGCCGUGGGUACAGCGACGAACUCCCCAAAGUCGGACUGCGCCUUAUGAUAUUCGACUGUGCCAACGUCACCUGGGCAGGGGUCAGGGAAGUCCUUUCCAGCAACGCAUACAUCCCGCGCGCCUCCCGCAAACCCGUUUCAACAGUGGUGACAGUGACACAAACAUCCGACGCUGGCUCCUCCCCGGAGACAAGUACAUUCGUCACUCCAGCCUCCUCACCUUCGCCGUCCCCAGCACCAACCUAUCCCAAUGAAGUCAUCCAGCUUAAGUGUUUCUACGGCUGGCAGAUGACCGUCGAUGAACACACAAAGCGUAUCCUGCGCGGCGAUCUCGCCGCUGCAUCCCGGCUGGACCGGAAAUGGGCCGAAUACAUGAUCGCCACUGAGGAAGCUGGCGCCGCUGGUGCUGGUGCUCGUCGACGCCGACGUCGUGCCCGUGAAGCGGAGCGUCUGUACAAUGAAGACGAAGACGAGAACGAUGGUUAUGGCGUAGGUUCUAUCUCUGCCCUUGGCGGAAGACGCAGGCGAGCCCAGAGUGGUAGCAGCUGCGUUGUCAUGUGA